GAUCAGAGCCUCCUAGCUACGUCUGCAGAGUGUUUUUGCGUCAAUAACUCCUAAAUGUUAGCGUGGUUUCUAGGUAGUACGUUCUGUAACAAGUCUUACUUUUGAGUGUUUUCUGUGCAGUUUGUAACAAACCUAUAUGCACGGUGCAUUCGGCAAGUGCCCUCUGCAUUUCCAUAGCAAAUCUCCAUGUAUAGGACCAGGCUUUCUAUACACAUGUAUACGGUGCAAUCUGCAGCAAGCCUUGUAUGUUUUCUCUACACUCAUCUGUAGCAGCCUUGUAUAUACUGUACAGUGUUUACUAAAUACAAGUGUAUACAACAGUGCACCCUGUGUAUAGUGGACUGCCUGCUACCCACAGUGCAUUGUGUAGCAAGCCUUGUAGAAUGCUUUCUAUAUACUUUCCACUCUAUAACCCCAUGCAUAGCAGAGUCACAAGACUGUAUAGUACAAUCGUGUAGCCAAUGGCUCACUGCAACCCCGAGUGAGCAUGACGCUAGCUGUACAGCCGACGGCUACCCCGCCCGCCGCUCUUUCUCUGCCGCUCAGCACCUCCCUGCACUCCAGGCCCCUGAAAGAAAUUGGCGGCGCCCAAUGAGAAGCAGCGGAGCGGCUGAGGAGGGGGCAGGGCUGGGUGAGAACUACUGGGCGGUGUUGCUGGGAGACCCCGGCGGGCCCGGCUGGGUCCCGCCCCUUGCACUGUCCGGCGUUUAUAUAUGUGCCGAGCACAGGGCUUGCAGAGUUCCAGCAGUCAGCUCGCUGCAGCAGUAGCCACCGCCUUCGCCGGGCACCCGCUAACCCACCCCUGCUGGGAAAGUGAUUGGACCAUUUCGGAUCUCAAGUAAUCAGCCCUUUCCUAUCUAGUCGUGGCUUUUCCAAAGCCUCCGAGGAAAGCGGGAUCUUUCGGUCCUUCCUGUAUUUCCGAUCACUACAGGAUCUCGAAAUGUCUACGACACUUUUAUCUGCCUUCUACGACAUCGACUUCUUGUGCAAGAGUGAAAAAGCACUGACCAACCUGAGCAGCAUGCUGGACAAGAAGGCGGUGGGGACCCCCGUGACCUCCCCCAGCUCCAGCUUCGCGCCGGGGUUUCUGCGAAGGCACUCGACCAGCAACCUGCAGGCUCUGGCCAACAGCUCCAAGUUCCCAGGCUCCUCGGGCUCCAGCUCGUCGUCCUCGUCCUCCUCUUCCUCGUUCGGCAGCCUGAAGGAGACGGGCACGGGCGGGGGGGGAGGCGGAGGGAGCAGCAGCCCCACCGCGCUGCUCAACAAGGAGAACAAGUUCCGGGACCGCUCGUUCAGCGAGAAUGGCGAGCGCAGCCAGCACCUGAUGCAGCAGCUGCAGCAGCAGGCGGGGAAGGGGGGCGGCGGGGCGCCCAUCAACUCCACGCGCUACAAGACGGAGCUGUGCCGGCCCUUCGAGGAGAGCGGCGCCUGCAAGUACGGCGAGAAGUGCCAGUUCGCGCACGGCUUCCACGAGCUGCGCAGCCUGACGCGCCACCCCAAGUACAAGACCGAGCUGUGCCGCACCUUCCACACCAUCGGCUUCUGCCCCUACGGCCCGCGCUGCCACUUCAUCCACAACGCGGACGAGCGCCGCCCCGCGCCCGGAGGGGGAACGGCCGCGCCCGCCGCCCCGCACCACCACCCCCACCCGCCGCCGCCUCACCCCGCCGGCAGCACCGGUGACCUGCGCGCCUUCGCCCCCCGGGACCCGCCGCUGGGGGGCGGCGGCGGGUUCGGGCCCCAGCGCGGCGCUGGUGAGCGGCCCAAGCUGCACCACAGCCUGAGCUUCUCCGGCUUCUCCGCCCACCACCAACACGGCUGCGGGCAGCAGCCCGGCGGGCGCCUGGAGGCGGCGCUGCUCGAGAGCCCCGGCGGGUCCCGCACCCCUCCGCCGCCCGCCUCCGCCUCCUACUGCGACGAGCUGCUCUCCCCGCCCUGCGCCAACAACGCCUUCGCCUUCUCGGGCCAGGAGCUGGGCAGCCUCAUCGCGCCGCUCGCCAUCCACAGCCCCAGCUUCGCCGCCAGCCCCGCUGCCGCCGCCGCCGCGGUAGCUGCCGCCGCCUUCUACCGCUGCCAGCAGCAGCAGCCGCCGCCGGGGGGGAGCUGUCCGCCGCCGCCCGCCUCGCCUCCCUUCAACUUCCAGCCCCUGCGCCGCCUAUCCGAGUCCCCCGUCUUCGACGCGCCGCCCAGCCCCCCGGACUCGCUCUCCGACCGGGAGAGCUACCUGAGCGGCUCCCUCAGCUCCGGCAGCCUGAGCGGCUCCGAGUCCCCCAGCCUGGACUCCGGCAGGCGCCUGCCCAUCUUCAGCCGCCUCUCCAUCUCCGACGACUAGGGGGAGCCGGGCCGCAGAGUGGGGAGCGGAGAAGAGGGGUGUGAACCCCGCGGAAGGGGGGAGGAUAAACCCCGGGAGCAGAGACCGCAGCCUUGAGAACUAGCCAAGCUCGCACAGUCCUUCGAUGAUCCUCUUGGGUUUGGUUUUGUUUAAUUGCUGAGCAAGUAAAUUAAAAAGCGAGAAGAGAAAAAAAACUUUUUAUAUCGAGAGAUGAACAAAAAAUAAAUUUGCAAAAGGGCAAAUGGCGACACGAACAGAACAAACCUAUUUUUAUAGAGAGACCUUGGAAGAAGGGGAUUUUUGUUUUUUGUUUGGAGACUAGUUAUAAUAUGCACCAGCAGCAGCAGCCAUUCCAUCUGUGUGGUUUUUUUUUUUUUUUUUUUUAAGCAUUAGAGGGGGAGGGGGGGAACCAAGACAAACCCACACCACCAGAAAGCAAGCAACAAACAAUCCAGAGAGGCAUGAACUCUGCAUUUCAAGCCUCUCCACAUUUUUAUAUUCAAAAAAGACAGAAUUUAAUAAGUAGUUUGUCUUUCAAGCCAAUUUCAAAUAAAGACCCACACCAGUACUAAACCUAUAAGCUUUUAAAAGAAAAAUCCAACAUCCUGCCAAGAAUAUGCCUUGAUAACAACCCUCUAGUUUUUUUUUAUAUAAUCUAUAUAUAUUAUAACAAAUGCUAAAACUUCCAUUCCAAAGUUUAAUGUUGGUUCCAUUGCCACCACUUAGUGGAUGUUUGGCUUAGAACAAUUUUUUGUUGUUGCUUUAUUUGGAAGCACUCAACUGAGUCUAGUUUGUAAUUGUUGGAGAAUAACUGCUGAUUCUUUUUUUUUUUUUUUUUUAAUUUUUUUUAGCUGUUUGAGUUGAUUGCAUGAGUCACUGCACACAACUCAAUAUGAAACUAUUUAACUUAUUUAUUAUCUUGUGAAAAGUAUACAUUGGUAAUUUGUUCAUACUGUAUUUAUCGGGUAUGAUGAAAAGCAAUAGAUAUAUAUUCUUUUAUUAUGUUUAAAUUAUGAUUGCCAUUAUUAAUCGGCGAAAUGUGGAGUGUGUUCUUUUCACAGUAAUAUAUGCCUUUUGUAACUUCACUUGGUUAUUUUAUUGUAAAUGAGUAAAAAUCUUAAUUUAAGAGAUUGUAUGUAAUAUUUAUUUCAUUAAUUUCUUUCCUUGUUUACGUAAAUUUAAAAGAUUGCAUGGUUUCUUUAUAGAAAUCGGUCUCUAUGCUGUGGAAGUAGUAUGAGGAAUUUCUGUGGGUUUUUUAGAAUGUAAAAUGGUUGUAGCCCGUCCACGUAAAAAACAAAACAAAAAAACCCCAACAAAACUACUUUGCAAUCAGACUUCAAAGUGGCAAACCUAAUUCAAAUGUGUUUAAAUUAACCAAAAAGUAUUUUUGUUGCCUAACUCCACCAAUCACACUGUGAUAUAGUCUCAAAGUAUGUAGCAAUAAUUGGGGGUCCCAGUGUUAUGUCUCACAGUGCCUUCUUAAGGGUCCAUGCUUGCCUUAAAUCUUCCUCAACCAAAUAAGUAUUUUUCUUAAUGCUUGAGAUAAUUUGAAUGUAGGGAUGAGUUUUAACUACAUGAAAAGUUUCACCACUUUUUUUUUUUUUUUUUUAUAAGCAAGGAGGCCACCUUUGGAUCUGAAACUUUAUGCAGUACAUGAACAUAUCUUGUUUAAUUAAAUUCCAAAACUUGUAAUUUUUUCCUUGUGUAGAAAGUCAGGAGUUUUCCAAAACUUUCCUGGACGGUGGAUGAAUGAGCAGUAGCUUUUAGUUUUGUUUGUACAUAGGUACAGAUCAAGCACUAUGUACUCUAUUUGGACUACUUUAACAGAAGUAUGUUUUGAAUGUAACUAAAGGAUAAGUCAACUUGAGUUGUAAUAUAUUUUCGGGAGUCAGUUCACUACAAAUUGAGUGUGAGACUGUAAACUUUGUACUGUAAAUGUUUUGUAGUUCUCCCAAUAAAAUUUUUGGAAAAAAAAAUCAAACUAUUAAA